GGGAAGAUUGCGGCAUUGCCUACUAUAAGUACUCGAGUCUGGCACGAAAUAAGUUAACUGCAAAGUUGCAAACGUUUCAGAAUUUUCUUAUGAACCUGCAUAACUCCGUCAUUCGACUUUUUUACAAAUGAAUUGGAAUCGUUCGAGGCACAUGCACUAUGCAGCACGCGGAAAAAGGAAUUAGCAACGGAUUGCACAUCGCGAUGCAUUUUAUUUCUGAACGCUUAUUGACAUUUUUUGCGUUUUUUGCUGACAACUCAUGCCAGCGAGCGGAUUCCUGAAAUUCUCGGUCAUGGACUCUAAUAAGGAGAAUUUAUCUCAUUCAACUGUGUCGCUGAACAGCUCGGUGCCUGUUUCAUCGUUUCAUCACUGUUCUAGCUUGCCAGAAAAACUGAACCUUCAUUCCCUGGACGCUCAGCAGUCAACACUUGGCAUGACCAGUACGUCUUCGAAUCCCAUUUUGCGAUCACAGGACAUUUGCAUCGAUGAUCCCCCUUUGACGGCGGACGAGCAGCUGCUUGCCGAAGCCGUGCCUGAGCUGGCACAGUUGAUUGGUAAUUUGAAAAUUCGUAGUAUCACCGCCUCACUUGAUCCCGAGUUACUGGAUCCCCUGACAGACAAACUGGAAUCCCAUGCGAAAUCUUAUGAAAAGCUACGGACGGACGUGGAUAUAGAAAAAUUCGGGGAGGUGAUUCAGCGUCUGGAAGAACUGAAGGGGGAAAUUGAGGCUGAACUGAAGCCGUUUUUGGACGUCUUCGGCGUUGGACUGCCUACGGAACCAUGGCACAUCGACGCCGUGAAAGCGUUAGUGACUGAGAAACUGAAAAGCCCAACGAUGACCGAUAAAAAAUAAAGUUUUAGGUAAAGCUUUUUAUUCGACGACUUCUAUUUUAGUAAGUGUGUGUAUGUGAAGUUUUUUGUGCUUUUUAACCAUUUAUUAUAAUUCAUAGAGACGUAAUGAUUAAUUGUGCCACUGAAUAAGUACACCGGACCAGCUGCAGUCCUUUUUUUACUGUAUUACAGCAUCUAAUGUGCGGUUGUUUUGGCUGAUGCUUCAUUCGACUUUCUUCUGACCGAAAGUAUUCUUCGUUUAAUUUAUUUUGUGUUUAGCAAUUUGCAAUGUUCCACUAAGCCAGUUGUCAGUUGUGGAUUUUAUUUUGAAGGGGAUUUUAAAUGUGCAGUGUCUGUGCGAAGAGUUAAUACUGCGUACAAGUAUAUAAGUUUAUAACUGUAUAAAAUUUAUUAGUGUAUUGUAUAAACAAUAAACUCGCAAA